AUGGCCUACCUUCACAAGCUCUCCAUCCAUGGCAUCCGCUCCUUCGACGACAAGGAUGACCAUGUGUGCACAUUCUAUUCGCCGCUGACCGUCAUCGUCGGAAUCAACGGAAGCGGCAAGACGACGAUCAUUGAAUGCCUCAAAUAUGCCACCACGGGUGACAUGCCGCCCAACACCAAAGGCGGUGCUUUUGUACAUGACCCAAAGAUGGCAGGACACCAUGAAGUCCGGGGCCACGUUCGUUUGUCAUUCAUCAAUAAGCAAGGAGAGAAAAUGCUUGUAGAACGUCACCUCAUGGUAUCCGCAAAGAAGGGCGGAGGGCUAAGCAUGAAGACGCUCGAGGGCGCACUGGUCAAGAAUACGCCGAACGCAGCGCAAGGGCGAAACCGCUUGGAUGAGCUGAUGCCGCUCGAGCUCGGUGUGUCAAAGGCCAUCCUGGAAAAUGACAGCAACUGGCCGCUCGCAGAACCAGCACUGCUGAAGAAGAAAUUCGACGACAUCUUCGAAGCGACAAGAUACACCAAGUGCCUAGCAAGCCGCGUACAGCAGUGCAAGAUCGACUGCGAGCGCGCGGAGAGCUUGCAGCGCAAGAAGGCCUCGUUACAGAGCACGCUUGUUGACAAGGAAGACCACCUAGCCAUGCUGAUGGACGGGAUAAAGAAUAUUGCCGAGCAGAGCGCCAAGUACCAGGAGAUCCUCAAUGCUCUUGAGACUCUCGAGGAGAGGAGACGGCUGCAUGCGGAGAAUGCAGCGGCGUUGAGCCAGAACGCAGACCUGCAGAAGCGCAAGGAAGGGUUUCAGGGAUAUCUGGAUAUGGACAAGGCCUCGAUGCGACGCAAAGAGGAGCAAGCCCACGAGACUCGCACACGCUUGCAGCAGGUCGAGACGCAGCUGCAGGCUCAAUUUUGCAGGCGCGGAGGCUUGGAGCAGCAGCGGCAGAAACGCGUGCAGGAGGCCAGCAAGGCGCUCGACAUUCGUGGCUUUGACCAACUCAAUACGCACAUGCAGCAGGAGUCGGAAAAGGCGCAGAAGAAGCUUGCAGAACUGGACGAGCAGAUCCAGAGCAUCCGCGAGGACAACCGCAGCCACCAGGCGACCCGGUCGACGUACGAGGACUCGCGCAAGAAUCUGCAACAGAUCGACAACAUGCUCCGUGCCGAGCAGGAGCGCGACAUCAACGAUGCGCAGUACGAUGCCAAGGCCCGCGAGCGCGGCGCAGAGGCCCGCGCAUGCGAGGACGAGCUGCAGGCGCUGAACGAGAAACUGCGCACGCUCAACAAGAGCGCCGACACACGCGACAUCAAGCUGCGCCGUGGCACCGCCGCCGACCUCGCCGCGAUGCACGAGCAGGCCUUUGUCAAGUACACUGCCGAAAGCGCGAUCGCCGACGGCGCUGAACGCAACCACGAGGAAGCGCUGCGCGACGCGGAGCGCGCGGACGCGGAGAACAACAAGCUGUCCCUGCAUAAGAAGGCGGAGCGCGAGAAGCUGCAAAUCAAGGACGAUGCCAAGCAGCUUAUCACGAGCAAGCUCAAGGAGGCCGAGAGCGAGCCUGGCGAGUUUGCCGCCGGCUUCGAAGCGAGCAUCAAGCAGCUCCAGGAAGAGAUCGACACGCGCGUCAAGAGCCACGAGCAGUUCGAAGGCAGGCGCGCAUUCUUCGAGGACGUGCUCAAGAGUGUCACGAACCACGGUCCUUGCACUGCGUGCAACCGGUCCGUCAACCAGGAGGAUGUUGCUGCCAUCCAGAGCUUUGUCAACGAGCGCAUUAGCGCAAUGACCAGGGAAAACGUCGAGACGAACGACGCGGCGGUCGAGACGAUCGACAUGUGGCGAGCUAUCCUCGCCGACUUUGAAGCGCUCCGACCCAAGCAGAUGCUCAUCACGCAGAUCGAGAAUGAGCUUGUCGAGCUUAGACAACAGAUCUCUGCCGUCGAAGAUAGGAGGGUCAAGGCCGUCGGCCAGGCCAGCGCCAGUAAGGACGAGCUCGAGCGGAUUCGCGCCAACAACGAGGCGGCCAGCGCGCUCGAGAAAGACCUUUCCACGUACGGCCCGAGCGAGACGGUCGCCGAUAGCCUGAAGCUUCGCCAACGGAUGCAUGAGCUCAACAGCCUCGAGCGCGGUCUGUCAGAUAAGCAGCGCGAGUUGCGCGAGCGCGUUGGCCUCGAACAGCAACGCGACGAGACCAAGAAGGAGAUAGCUGCCACUGAGGCCAUGGAGGCAGCUCAGGUACCGAUGCGCACGACGCGACGCAACCGGGACGACCGCGAUAUGCGCAAGCAGGCGGAUGAAUUUCAAUCGACCUCCAAUGCACUCAAGGAUCUGGGCCGCUCCAUCUCGCAGCUGGCGCGCAAUCGGCCGGCAGACAAACUCGCCCAAUGCCAGAAGCAAAUGGAAGAGCUCGAGGGCGAACAGCAGAAACACGAGAUCGCGAGGAUCGAAAAGAAGCUCAACGAAGCGCGAGCGACUGAGAGGAACAUCAUGGACAACUUGCGCUUCCGUGAGCUGCGUCGGCAGAUCGACCAGCUGGACGAGGAGAUUCAAAGCAGCAAUCGCUACCAAAAGGAGUACGCUGCUUCUCGAGAGCACGAGAACAAGCUUAACGGCGAAGCGGCCCACACGCGCGGAGAGAUGGAAUCGAUCCGAGCGCAGAUCAAGCAGCGAGAGCAAGAGCUCCACGACGACUACAACAAUCACAAGCUUGACCUGAAGGCUAACAACGACCUUGAGAAACUCGCCAAGUCGAUCGAGUCCGGCAUCAUGAAGUUUCAUUCGGUCAAGAUGGAGGAGAUCAACGCGAACAUCCAUGACUUGUGGAGCAAAACAUAUCAAGGCACCGACACAGAAACUAAAGGCGCCCGGUCGUACAACUAUCGUGUGAUCAUGAAGAAGAAUGACUCUGAGAUGGACAUGCGCGGUCGCUGCAGUGCAGGCCAAAAGGUGUUGGCGUCCAUCAUCAUCCGCCUUGCGCUGGCUGACUCAUUCAGCAGCGACUGCAGCAUCCUCGCGCUCGACGAGCCGACGACCAACCUGGACAAGGACAACAUCGACGCGCUCGCGAAGAGUCUUGCCGAGCUCAUCAAGGAGCGACAGGAGUCAGGCAAUGGCCGGUCGCAGUUGAUCGUCAUCACGCAUGAUGAGGCGUUCAUCAGCAGGCUUGCGGAGAACGACGUGCUUGAGUGGUACAAUCGCGUCGAACGCGAUUCAGGUCACAUGUCCGUCAUCAAGUUGCAUUUGCAUUUCAACCACCAGUGA